AUGAAUUAGAUAUAAAGUAUCCAAGAUCUUAAACUCAACUAAGAAGAAUUCUUCAUCCUAUCAAACAAAAACUACAGAAGUUGUCCUAGACAUCCUAAUAAUUGGAUUGUUUCAUUAAACACUAAUCCUAAUUCUAGUCAAUUCAUUCAAUGCGCUUAAUGUUUAUCUGAGAAUCCCAAUUAAUAUUCUUUGAAUUUAGUUGGACUCAUUACGGAAAAUGAAAAAACUGUUUUUAAGAACUACCCAGUUUAUGGCGAUAAUGAGCUUUACGAAAAACUUAAGCAAAUCUUUGAGGCUGAUUGCUCUAUUGAUGGAUUGCAAUCUAAAAUUUCAUCUUUUUUCUUAAACUUAAGAAAGUAAAUCGACCAAAAAAUAAUACUUAAAGAAGAACAAAUGAUGAGCUAAGCAAAGUCAAUAUAGAGCUUUAAUGAACAGGUAAUUAUUUAACAUAAUAAAUUAGCCGAAAAGGAAUAGCUUAAGAAUAUCAUUACCAAUUUCAAAGAUGACCUUGACAAGUAAAAUGAGCUUUUUAAAGAAUUGUUCACUCGAAUUUCUACUAACUAGAAAAAAUAUUAAGAAGAAUUGAAUGAAAAGAUUGAUUUAUUCGAAACUUAAAAAUCAAUGAUUAAUUUUGAAACAGCAGAAAGUAUUAACUAGAAUAUUUUGCAAUUAAUUGAUUCAAUUGAUAUGUUUGUUAUCAAAAACUUUGAAGAUCUCAAAAUUGAUAAUUCAAAAGAAAAGUUAGAAUUUUAUGUAAAAGAUAUUUAAAGUAAAGACAAAAAUGAAAUGACAACAAGCUAGUUAAUAACUAAGCUAAUUAGCAAUAGAUAUAAUUGUUGCUCUCAGGAGUUAACUAAAGAAUUACAAAAAAUAGUGUUCAAGUUAUCAAACAGUAUUGAUAGAGUUGACAUUAAAAACCUUUUAAAUGAAGAUUUAUUAGAAUUUGAACUUGAUAAAAUGAAUGAUGAAUAAUUUGAUUAAAUUAAGGACUUCUCUAGAUACUUCAUUACAGGUAAAUAAGAGUUAGAUGAAAGACGUGACAAUAAAGAUAAAUUAAUUAAAUUAAUAUCAAAUAAAUUUAAUUUCUGUUCAGAAUCUUUUCUUAGCAAUUUAUCAGCUCAGUUUGAUAGUUUUCUUCCUAUAAUUAACUAAAUUGACUUCAAAGAUUACUUACAACCUGACAAGACUCCAAUAAAUUUUAGCAAACUUACAACUAAACAAAUUGAUAACUUAGAAUAACUAGCUAAUAAAAUAUCUUAACUUACUGAAUAGUUUGGACAAGCUUACUACAAUAGUACCUCUCCUAUUCUUGAAUAAUAAAAUAAAUCAUAAUUUAUUUCAAAAUUAAUAGGAAAUAAUAAAGAUAUUGAAUAGUUACUUGUAAAUUAUCCAAUUUUUGAAACUAUAAAUUCACCUUAAUUUAAUAUAGAAUUUAUCAAAUCAAAUUUCAGAGAUAGUUAAUAAUUAAUUUUAGAAAAAAAUAAGCUAUUUGGCUAUAUAGUAAAGCAACCCAAAUCAUUAAGUGGUUAAAUAUUUACUAGAGAUAAAUUAGAUCCUAACUUAAAUUAUAUUUUUAGAUGUAAAGUCAACAAGAAUUUAAAUUGUCAAAAUUUAUAAUUUGGAAUAAUGAAUACGUAAGAAAUACAUAAUAAAUUCUUUUUUGUAGAAAAUUGUUGCUUUCACACCAGUGUCAGUGGAUAUGGUUUAGAUAAAAUAUUAAAAGGAAAAAACUUAUAUGAAGUGAGAUAAGAAAUAAAUGAAUUAGAAAUUAGAGUUAAUAUUUCUAAGAGAGUUGUAUUAUUUAUGGACUAUCCAAAAUAUUAAAAUAUAAACAAAGUUGAUGAGUCUAAAAUAAUAUAAGACAAAAAUUAUAGCUUUGGAAUACGUUUUGGUGUUCCAGGUGAUGAUUAUAAUAUUGAAAUAGAAACAUUUUUAAUUGACGAUAAAUAUUUAGAAAACUUUGAUUAAAAAUGA